AUGGCACCAACCCAUGAUGUGCAAGAUGGAGAUUCCUUCACAAUCGCUGUAUCAUCGCCGGCUGCCAGCAGCUCAUCGACACAGGAUCGCCCAUGUCAGGGGGAUGGUCAGAAUGAUGACAAGCCUGCCAACCAUCAGGAUGAUGAUCAGAACAUGCAAGAUCCCUCUGACCCAAAUGAACCCCCUUCUAACUCUGAUAGUGAUGCGACAGAAGCUGCCAGACAAGGGGUUCACAUAUUUCGCUUAGGCUAUCCACAGACUUUUGGACGCCUACGUUGGGACUUUACUGAACAUGUCAUUAUUGAUGCAGCACGGACAGUAGGAAUCCCUUCCCAGCAAUUCUCAUGCUUUCACUAUUUGAUGGUUGCUCCUGAUGACCAAACUGAGCAAGAGGAAUCCAUCAUUCUUCAGCAUGUAGGGGACAUAAUGCCUGGCUCAACGGAAAAGCUGGUUGUGAUUGACAUAGAACUCCAUGCAUCAGCGUCGGGUCACAUGGCUGUUCAAGCACCCAGAAUCAUGCGACAGGUUUAUAAAGUUGUUCCCACAUUGCUGAGAAGUCAGUUGCUGCAAAUUGCCCGAGUGUCUGCAUAUUGUGAAUGGAGGGAUCAAACUUGCCUAGUGCAUUGCAAUCGAGUUAUUUGGCCUAUCCAUGACAAUGGUCCAAAACGAAUGUUGCAUGGCAUGUAUUUCCGUAUUGUGAUCCCACCUCCACCUGAGGCUUCGUGGGAAAUUGGACACACGUUACGGGUCUUCCAAGAUGUCGCUGACUUGUUUGAUUUUCCUGAGGCCGGCCGCAUUGCCGCUGAAGUAUUGCAUAAUACAUAUCAUCAAGCAGCCAACGAUGUGCAAGAUCGACAGAGAGACAACCCUCCACAUGUGGAGACCAAGGGAGCAGACCUGGGUUCGUAUGACAUUGAUGUGCCAACAAUGUAUGCACCAUCUGCGUAUCGUCGCAGAUUGUAUCCGCCCCAUGAUGGAAGCAUUGAGUGGCUCAUGGAUCUAGGUCAAAUCUUUGCUGACUCGGCGCAGGCAGAAGCUUUUGAUGAUGAACUUCUCAUGUAUGUGCAGACAUGGUUCAUACAUCAUGAAAGGUAUCCGACCUGUCGCAGGCCCAGGCCGUUGAGACUGGAACGGCAGUCAGUAACAUGGAUUGAUGAUUUUAGACAACUGUGGCGUGACCUUUUGGAGCGCAGAUUGCCCUUCACAAUACAUGUUGUCAGACCACGUCCACCACAGGCCAGACGAGACCAAUAUGCCUGUCAUGUUGUGAUUGAGCAAUUGCCCACGAAUGCUCGGGCGGCUGUUGUUCUCACUGCACUUCUGGAAGGAGACCGAAGAGAUGCCAUCAUACAGGGUGCUUUUUCACUCCCAAGCAUUGUAAGGAAACAAGAUAUUAUCGAUGCCAUGGAAAUUGAACCAUUCUGUGAAGGUAGGUCGUGUACUUUGCACAUGGGAACGAUUCCGAUCAAUGCUGUCCAAGCCACAGAAGUGUCAUCGGGCCACAGCAUCCGAAUCAGAAUAGCAUCGCCGAACGCCCAAAUGCCAGUCGCACCCAAUGAACCCGACGAACAUUUUGAGGACUUGGUAAUGCUUCAACUUGACUGCAAGUCAUCAAUGCCUAGUGAAAAGGGAAUACACCUACCUGAUGUGGCACGUACCCAGAAGCCGCCAGAAUGCCGCCGUUUUGUAUUCAGCGCAUCAGCACAAGAGUUUAGGCUCCCUGAUCGCAAUUUACAGACUCAGUCGGCGUUUGUUCAGGAAUUGUUUCCUCAUGUGUCCUUCAAUGCAUUUGCUUGGGAAGAAGAAAGCCCAGCCGCAAGAAUUGUCACAUGGUUCGUUGAUCACCGUGCAGCAGCCCCUCAUUGCUUUCAAAGCCGCACUGUGGUGAUUUACGAACAAUUCGAGGAAUGGGAAGCACGAGUCAAAUGGGCAUGGAAUGAUCAGGUUGACCUCUUGGCACGCAUUGAGUUGCAUGUUGUUGCGCCACAGCCACCGCAGCUUGAAGACUCAAUAGUGGCACAUGUGAUUGUCGUCCAAGAGCCAAAUCCGCACUGGGCCACAUCUCUGGUGUCAAUCUUUGAUGUCCAUCCGGCACCAGUCCGUUAUGCUAUCACAACCCUUGCUCAGAUCUAUGUGGAACAUGUGUUGAUGGUGUGCAAUUAUGAUCUGGCAUGCCUUUAUCCGAUGCAUCCGCUUCAAUGUAGUGCAUGGUAUGAUCGCAUUAACUUGCAGCCAAGCAUGCCCUUGCCAGGCAGGUCAGGUUACAGUAUCGUGUUGCAGAUCCGUAGAGUGAACAUGCGCAUUGAAAAAGCUUGGACAGAUUUCCAAGCAGAUUCAGCUCGCUCGCCGAUCAUCAUCAACCUGGACAAAUGUUUAGCAGAGCAAGACGCAGUGCAACAUGUCCCCAUAGGUCUCAUUGACGGAGCCGAGCAUCCAUGUCUGCCAGACCAUCUUCUUUGUGCAGAACCCACUGAGGCAGCGGAAAUCGAAAACAUGCUUGCGGCGAUGAAUUGUCCUAGACACGUUUAUUUGCUGGAAGGCACAGGGCUCACUGAGCAUCACCACAUGACUUUCCUACACUCCUUAGGAUAUUGCAGGGCGGUGGUCAUGCAGGAGAGACAGAUCAGGCAGGGACUUAUAGUCCGGGAGAGCAUUCCCAAAGAGACCCCUGUGGUCGACCCAGAUGUAGAUUGGUCCAGAUUUGAUCGCUUGAUUAUCUACACAGAUGGAAGUUCCAAAACUGCCAACAGAAGAAAACCGCCCUUGUGGGUUCAAGAACAUGAUGUGCCAGACGCAUGGUCUUACGUUGUCUUAGGAGAGUGCUAUGGUGAUGAUGCAGGCCACUCGGAGAUUGUCUUCAUUGGGUGGCAUGCGCAACAAGUAACUUAUGAAGAUCACCUGUCGCACUACCUGGGGACAGACCAGAUAGGCUCCGAGUAUGCAGAACGCGAAGCCCUUUUCUGGGCAGGUGUCUGGAGGCUUUCCAUCAACUGCAGGGUGCCUACCAUAUUCCUGUCAGAUUCGGUGACCACUACCGAUCAGGCCAUGGGAACUGCUGGAUGUCAGGACCAACAUGUGACAUAUCAGUAUCUCAGAAGUGUGUUCCAAGCGUUACAGGCCACUUUGCCGAAAGAAUGUCUUCAAGUGCGUCAUGUGAGGGGACACACGGGGGACCCGUGGAACGAAAUGGCAGAUUACCUUGCAAAGACUGAGUCCAUCAAGGGACAUCGCCUCAAGAGACAGGACGUUGAUCUGAGAGUCUUUCUGCCAUUGCUCCCGUAUCUAUGGAUGGUUUUUGACAGUAGAUCAGGCCUUCCGAAGUUCACAGGAGCUGGAUUCGACAUCACUCCACCAAGUCUUCCACCACAACAGGCGGCCCCAAUUUGCAUUAGCCAGGCAAGGCCUAGGACAGGGACAGACGCCAUUGCCAUCAGCAUUGCGACACUGAAUGUUGGCUCCCUUUUCAUUGGGCCGGAGGGCUAUGGAGGAAAAUUGGGAUACAUCAGAGCGCAAAUGCGAAGUCUCCAUUUGAACGUCCUGGGAUUGCAGGUCAGCACGGAGUCGAGCUAUGGAUCAACACUCAUCAGCCGAUUGGCACGACCAGAGGCCAUGAGCAGAAAAUACAAGCUCGACAGGAAUCAGAUUGUUCUUGAGGAGAUCACUGUAGGGACAUGGCAAGAUGACAUAGAAAAGCAGGUUCAAGGUUUCAACCAGCAGAUCCUUGAUACGUUGCAUUACGUAUGUCCAAAGCCCAGACAAGGACCGAAGAAGCCGUUCCUAUCAGAUGAAGUGUGGGCACUCAGAUCAGCAAAGUUGCAUCUGCGGAAGCGCCUACAUGUUGCAAGAAAGCAUCACAGCUUAGAUUGCCUGCGUCUGAUUUUGUGGGCAUGGUCAUCCACUUGCACUCAGAAAGAUGCACAGUACCUGCCACAGCCUGAACAGAUACGGCAGCACGAGCGUCAUGUAGAUACUGUUAGUUGUGCACUGGUUCAUCUCACGUGCCGAUACUACAGUUUGACCAAAGCAUUGAAGCGCACUCUGCAGCGAAGCAGACAAGCCCAGAUUGUCCAGGAGGUCCAAAGCAUGAAUGACAAGACGGCCGCCCGACACCUGUUUGCAGAGACGCACUGCCCUGCGUGCCUGAGGGAAUACCACACCCGCGCAAAGGUUCUAGCCCACUUGCGCCACUCCACCCAUUGCAGACAAUGCCUCAUCGGCCAAAGAAUGCACUGUCAGCCAGCACCGGGCACAGGGUCCAAGACUGACCAAGAGCUAGCAGCCUGUACGGAUGGAGCCAUUCCGUUCCAGCAGGCGCAAGGACCCAGAUCCAACCACAAUCGAUUGAGAGAGUUUGAGCCUCACUGCAUCCGAUUGCUGGAAGACCUGUAUUUAGCCUUGUUGGACAUGCAGGAUUCAGAGCAAAUGGAGUCUGUUCUCCGAACAGAAAUUCACAGACACCCAGUCAGUUGGACAACAUGUCGAUGCACGUUGGUUCAAUUUCUGGAAGAUUUCACUCCACAAGAUGCAGAAGUGUUGCCAUGCACUUACCAGGAUGUGCGAGACUGCCUUCAGAAGCUCUGCCAAGUUGAUGCUUGGCCUUUUUUGCAGCAGACAUGUUGCAGAGCAGGAGAACAGAUGUCCACAGACAUUAGUAAGUGGGAAACAUGGUGUACUGAUUUGGCCUUCCAAACGGAAGCACCUUGGAAUCGUCUCAAGCCGUUGCCCCGCACGCUGAGCAGGCAGAAAUGCAGUGACAUCAAUUUGCCCGCUGACAUCAUCACGCGAUGUAAAGAGAUGAAAGGACAGCUUUUUGGGCACCACAUUGGGCACGAUGGAUAG